AUGUUGCAACAGUGGCUGUCAAACUGUAGCUACCUGCUAGUCGCAGCCUUCUCUAUUCAAUUUCUACUCAGCACGCAUGCGUCGAAUCAGAUAUCGGUCGAUGAGGAUCUGAAGCACUUGAUCGGCCGAUGUGAGAGUCAAAGCGCAGGCGCAGAAUUCGACGAGUGCAUGAGGCAGGUGUUCAACGACUUGAGGGCCUAUUUUCCAACAGGUGUGGAGCACUACAAUAUCAAGCCCUUUGAUCCACACUACUCACCCUUUGUCGAGGCGCGCAGAGGCGACUCGAAUGGCCUUGGUGGCUUUAAGCUCAUUUUACGCAAUGUUUCCGAGUAUGGUUGGUCUCGAUCCGAGGUGACAAAAUUCCAUUCAGAACCCGAGGAACAACGCAUUGUCUAUGCCCAAUAUUUUCCGGAGAAGAGUUUGGAGGGCUAUUAUGAGUUUGCAGCCAAAAUGCUGGGCAAAGAAAUGAGACGUAAAGGUUUCUGGAACCUAACACUGUAUGAUUACAGCCAAACCACGAGUGUGCGGCGUGUGGGCGAGCCCGGAUCGCUGCUAAAGGUGCAUGUGGAAGUGGAUCGCAUUGGUGGCAUGGAGCUUCACAUUGGCGACUUACUGAAAGGGCAGCCGCUGAAUCAGCUGGCGGAUGGUGUUAUUAAUAGUAUGUGGCAGUUGGGACUGCCCUUUCUGAAGCCCAUCAUCAAUGAGCUCGUGAGCACUGCAUUUACGGAUAUAUUUAAUGAAUCGUUCAGAUACUUUCCACUGGAAAAGUUUUUGAGCAAAUCCUGAAAGUCACUCUACAGACUAGUCCAGCAAUAUUGAAGUUGUUCUUCGAUAAAAAGACUUUAUUUGUGUAUAUAUACAAUAAAAUAAAAUGUUCAUAAUCCCUUA